AAUUUUAUAUCAUGUGCAUUAGACUUUAGAAUUGUACUUAUAUAAGAUAGCGCGAUCCAGAUAACAUAUCUCAUUGAAAUUUGUAUUUUUGCCUUUGAAGUAAUGGCGGACUGUAUAAGUGACUGUGUUGAAAUAUCCAACCAUAAAAAUGACAAUAAUGUGGCACCGAACAUCAACAAGUGCAUCAAGCGAAUAGCACAGAUAGAAGGCUUUCAAGACUAUAAAGUAGAGGUUCAAGACGUUUCAACUGAUGGUGGAAAUUACAUGGCAAUUCUUCAAACGAUAAAUAUCAAAGGAAAAACUGAAACAGCUAGUAAAGAAAUUAGUCUUUUUGUAAAAAAUAAAUUUCAGUCUUUACAAGACAGUUUAACUACAUUGGACGAUUUUUACAAACGAGAAGUUUUCUACUACAAUGAACUAUCAACGAUAUAUGAUGAAUUACAAGACGAAGUGAAUAUUCCAAUUGACGAAAGAUUGAGAAGGGCGAAAAGCUAUAAUGAGUCAAAUUUGGAAGCCAUCAUCCUCGAGAAUUUGAGUAAAAAAGGCUACACAGUUCGACCCAGGCUCGAGCCGAUGUCUCUGCAAUUUGCUGAAAUAUCGGUAAAACAACUUGCAAAAUUUCAUGCAUUAUCUUUUGUAUUGAAAUGUAAGAAACCAGAAUAUUAUGAGAUGAAAGUAAAACCAUUAAGUUAUCCAGUAAAAGCUAGUACGGAAUGGGAAGAUUAUAUAGUCACUGCAUGCGCUACUGCAGCCAACUGUCUAGAUAGUGAUUCAAAAGUUAGAUUGGAAAAUUUUAAGAAUAAAAUAUUGAAAGUAUAUAAAGAUUUCGUUAGUUCCCCGACUGACAAGUCAAGCUGCUUGUGUCAUGGUGAUUUUAGAGCUAAUAAUAUGUUGGUGAAAGAAGAGGGUGGUGAUAUAAAAGAUCUGAUUGUUGUCGACUACCAAACGAUACGUUACGGGAGUCCAGUAACAGAUUUUAUUUACUUCAUUUUCAUUGGUUCAGAUCAGAAAUUCAGACGAGCCCACUUAGACGAGUUGAAGGAGUUAUAUUACGAAACACUGGAGAGAUUUAUGGGCGAGUUUGGAGUGCAAGUCCAUGAUGUCUAUCCUAAGAAGCGAUUUGAACAGGAAUACCGGGACUACUUGGACGUGGGACUUACACUAUUCUUAGUUUUAGCACCGUUUGUGCUGUGCUCCGCUGACGACGCACCCGACCUACAAAAUGGUUCUGUUUCUAAAAUCAAUUUUAGCUAUGACAACGCCGAAUGUAAGGAGCGACUGCGCGGCAUAGUUGAGGAUUUCACACAGUGGGGAUAUUUGUAAAAGUUACUUACCAGAAAAUCGACUGUUCGAAUUCUUUUAGGUGUUAGUUAAAUAAAGAGAACUUGGGGUGUUUUGUCAAUAUCUUUUUCGUCUUUAACUGUUAUUGUUUUUUCAUUCUUAUAUAAAAUAGAAGUGUUAUUAUAUUACUUUCUAUUCUUUAAUUUCAGAAUAAAUGUUUUUACCGCGAUAUCAUUAUUCAUAUCGUUUAGUUAGAGAUUUCCUAUUUUACGUAUAGUAUUUAAAACUUCCUUAAAAAGUCUUUUUAAUGAGGUAAUUAUCAUCUUAUUAAAUGAAGCUGGCGCCAGAUGCUCAAUUGGUAGAUCCAGAACUUUCAUACUUUUUUAAUUUCGCAAACCAAUUUUACGUAAUGCAACCUAUUCGACAUUACUAUGAGGUGAACUCAGUGUUACUAAAUUAUAAGCAAAUAUGGUGGACUCGGAAAAAUCAUUGAAAAUUACGUUUUUAUUAGUAAGCGUAGAAACUUAGUUGUUUUUUUAUAUAUAUAUGAUGCUUAUUUGUAGAAUGUAAAUAUUGGUAAGUUAACAUCGUUAACAUGUAGGCUUAUGUAGUUGUUGUGUAAUUGUGUGUACUUCGAGAAUUUGUGUAAAUUGUUUAGUUAUUCGACCCAGAGAGAAAAUCAAUUCGACCGCUCUCCAUGUUUCAAAAGGCGAAACACGAACUUAGUGGAAAUCGAAUAAAGUUUAAUUAGUGUGUGCUAUCCUAAGAAAUUAUUUUUCUAUUCACAUAUAACUUGGAAAUGAAACACAAUGAUCAAUUUUCUAUUUAUAGGAUAGACUCAAGGAUAGGUAAAUAAAAUUGAAAUGGUUAUAUUUGACUUUCUGACAUUUCGAUUACAAAAAAAUGGGAAAGGUUUAGAGUAGAACAAAACAUUUGUAUUUGCCUUUUGCUUAAUUCUAUAAAAUGCAAAUUUUUAGAUACAAUCAGCUAAAUUGAAUCCUGACCCACCUUAAGCUAAUUUUUGUUACAACCAUUUCAAUACAAAAAGGUAGAGCUCUGCUUAGAUGUACGUCUCACUGAACUUCUGAACAAUCAUAUUUGACGUGACAGAUUUUGCCUAGUAUAUAUGCAGCAAAAAAUCUCGCAGGCUAGCUUUUACAAGAUUUGCAUGGUGUCGCCGACUCGAGAGGUCCCGGGUUCGAAUCCCGGUGGGGGCAGAUGUUUGUGUGAUUAAUACAAGCAUUUGUACUGCAGUAAUGGAUGCUUAAUUUGUAUUUCUAUAUAAAUAUACUUAUAUAUGUAAAAUCUAUGUAUUAUAUCCAUUACCCUAGUAUCCCAUAACAAAAGCCUUAUAGUGCGUACUUUAGAGAUAGGCUAAUUGGUGUGAGUGUAAUUAAAAAAAUGUGUCAGUGUUUCUUUGUGUCUCUUCAUGCUUGAAUCGCUGAAUCGAUUUGAAUUAAAUUUGGUACUUAAAUUGUUUAAUUUCCUGAAAAUGACCUAGGAUAAUCUUGUCCCAAAACUAAUCCAGUGAGGAGAGGAAAAUGGUGGUAAAAGUUUGUAUGGGAAACUAAAUUUAAUUUAAUUUAUUUAUUUACUAAUUUAGUACACACAAUAAAAAAAACAUAAAAUAAAAGGUCGUCAGUGUGUGCCUCCUGAAUAAAAAUAACAAAAUACAAUACUUACAUAAACAAAACCUACAUAUAUAUCUACAUAGACAUAUUAAAUAACAUAUAUACUUAAUUUGUGAAUAUUAAAAUUAUUUAUUAUUUUUAGCUUUUUUUUUCUUACCUUUGGAAAAGCUAUUAUAAAAGCCUUGUUUCCCGCUUCGUAACGCAACCUACUUUACGACUUCCACAGAGAUAACGAGACGAUUUUCUUAGUGUCAAUAAUAAACUGAUAAUAAUCGAGUGUAAAUACCAAAUUAACUUCAUCUUUAUGUUUUUUUUUUCUAAGCAUUUAACUGCUAGAUGUCUAAAUCUAAAGAAAAGUUUACUAGAAAAAAAUCCACUCGGACCAGGCAGCGGACGGGGCUCGAACCCGCACUCCGGGCGAAUGCACUGACCAUUAUGCUACCACGGCCCUAUUCGCCGCGUCGAAAUUUUCCUAGCCUUAAGCUGCAAGGCAGCGCCAUCUCUUCGCAUUGUAUAAUACUUUUUCAAGUAUUAAACAUUUGAAAGAAGAAAUAGCAAUUAUAGUUAUGUUUUUAACUUCAUCUCUCAUUUUGGCUGGGUAUAAUUCCUUUUGAAGUGAAAACUUCUUUAGUCCCGUUGUGAUUUGAGAUUCGAUGGAACGGAAGUAGAGUAUUUGACACAAGAUAGGUAUCCGUAAUUUUAUUAUUUACCAUAAGAGAUGGAUGGAAUGUCAAAUUUUGUAUGGAAACUUAAACAGCAGCGUCACAACGGGCGUAAGGGGAACUAAAAAUCAGUACACAUUUGACAAUGUCAUUUCGGACUCGCGAACUAUUCUAAUUCGAUAUUGGUUCAUGCUACAGUGCUAUUCUGUUACGUCUAUUAUGUCACGAGUGGAUCCUAUGUGGAUCCGCGCAGUUCCGAUAUAAAUCAGCGCGGAUCCACUUUAACAUAAGUUUUUAGAAAAACUGCUUAUAGUUUCAGUUCGCGUUUUUCUUUUUUUCCCAAAGGUUGACUGGGAGAGAAUGCUAUUAGCAUUAUGUCCGCCUUUUGUACCAUUCUAUUGUAUUUUGGUCAAUAAAGUUUAAAAUAAAUAAAUAAAUAGUUAACGGGAGGCUGAUUAAGACGAGAUUUGCCAGUCGGAUUAGUCGGGUCUGGUGAUGCGAUAGGUGAAGUAUGCCGUUCGGACGGAGUUCCCGGCGCUGUGUGUGUCUCUGUAGCUGACGCCGGGACACGGUUCCCAACUUAGGGGUUUUGCCCCCAGAUUUAGGGGCUAGAUGUGUUAAAACGGACUUUUUUAGGGGCUGGAGUUUUUUGGGGGUUCUUUUAGGGGCUUAUAACAAAACUUGCAAUUAAAUCGAAAAGCAAAGCGUGUGUUUUCUUUCAGUUUUGUGUGUAGAAUGGAACGCACCACGAUAUGAAACGACUGAACUGACCGUGUGGCGGUUUGUUUCCUAAUGCUGUAGGGAUUAAAGUUCUUUGCCUAUCACCAAUGGUUAAAUAAUAAAACAACAACAUAACAAUCAUGUUCGUUUUUUCAUUCGUUCACACUUACGGCUGACCAUUCAUUUUUGUCAUUCAUUCAAUAAAAUAAUUUACUGUAACUAAAUAAGAAACGUUUUAAUUUAUGAGCAACGAAAGAAUUUAGGUAAUAAGUAGGUACAUAUAAAAUUCUAUAUUUAGGGGAUUUUAGGGGAAUUUGCUUGAAAAAUACCUAGGGGUAAUUUUUGGGAAGGGUUGGUAACACUGCGCCCGGACCUCAAGGUUUCGUUGAGGGCACUCUGCGCCCAGCUGACGCUCAUUCGCGUGUGUAGUAGCCGCGGCCUCCGCUCCCGUUCUCUCUUCGCCGCGCGUCGUCGCAUGCGCAGGCGCAGUGGCGGUAUCGAUGGUUGCGGUUCGAAGUGUUAUCUGGUACAUUGUCCAAACUCCACAUUGGCUAAACUGAUUCACCAUGAAACGGUCUUAUUUGAUUCUUAUGGCGAAUAACAUAUUCGUCCGCUUCUAGUACGGUCGUGGUCAGAAAAUGUUUACCACCUUAAGAUUCAUAAUUGCAUGCACACAUUUAGGUCACAAAUUCUAAAUGUCUAUUUCAUAAUAAUUUGAUUGACCAUAGAUUAUCUUUUUUGUAAUGAUAUGACAAUCAAUCGCUCUAGGCAAUGGACUGACUACUAUCAAGGUUCGAUAUAUAUUUUUUUUAAUUACUUCGUCUCACACUAGGAUUUCCUUCUGUAUCUAUCGUAGGUGUAAUUCAAACAUCUAAUCUCAAAUGCACAUUGCACAUACGCCCAGACUAGGACAAAUUUCUGUAGGCCAUACAAAAUAUCUGUGCCAUACGAGAAUCCAAUCAGCGACCCGUUGCGCAGUAGGCGACGACCUCUGCACUAGCCGUGACGUCAAACAAAUAUAGAAAACCAUUGAAAAAACUAAUAUUUUAGUUUUUUAACUAAGAAUAUGAAGAAGUAAUAAAAUAGAAAUUUCAAAAAUCUUUAUUUAGUAUCUAGUAUAACCUCCCUCUGCAGCUAUGACGGCACGUAAUCUAUCUCGCAUUGAUGCAACAAGAUGCGCGCAUAGAUCGGUCCCUCUAAUAUCAUCCCAUACUCGAGCGUAGUGUAAUCUAAGAUCAUGAGGGUUCCUUUCAUUUUGACAGUCCCAGCAUUGAACCAUAAGCCCCCAUAAAUUUUCAAUAGGGUUUAAAUCCGCAGACCGAGCGGGCCAUUGAAUGGGACGAAUGCCACGGUGCAUAUUGAACCACGCCAUAGUAGCACGGGCCGUGUGUAUCCGUGCAUUAUCUUGAACAUAAGUAAUGGGCGGGAAUUCUGUUGCAGGAUACACUACGCGCACAGUAGGCAGCAUCACUUCUGCCAAAAGCGACACAUUAUUAAUGGCAGUAGCCGUAUUCUCUAAUGAUGCCAGUUCUCCGACGCCGUCGAGGCUCAUCCACAUCCAUAAGUUUACUGUUACCUGACUCGUUUUGAGUCACGAUAUGAGCUUCAUCAUACCGAGUUCGAUUUUAGCGCCAUAAAGUUAAUCUUCCAAUUUGGCUUGAUUUAAAGGUUUUUACAUCGGUAAAUAUAGCAUUCGACCAAGCAAAAUCAUGAUGUCGCGCAAAGUUAAGUCGGGCUGUUUUGUGAUGAGGUUUCAGCUCCACUUUAAUAGCAAGGUGUCUGUAGUGUAGUCAAUACUCUAGACAUAGCUUCGUACAGACGUUUGAUCACCGCGUCCGUUUUGGUGUUCGAAUUCAUACAAAAACAUUCUACCCAUUUAGUAUACGAAUCAACCAAUAUUAAAUACAUUUUGUCUUUUAAGGGACCUAGAAAGUCUAUAUGUAUCCUAUAAAAGGGAUGCGGCGGGGAUGGCCAGGGCGAGAGGGCGGCGGUUUCGAAUUCUAAUUGUAACCCAUUAAUGUGAAUACGUUCAACCAUUGGCUUUGAAGCUGAAUAACACCCAAUGUGAAAUAGACUUUUACCUUCACAAUUUUCAUCAACUGAGCUCUCCUCGACGUUUUUUACUAUAUUAUGGGACGAUUUAUUUGUACACAUACGCCGCAGAUGACCUUCUAUCACAAUUUCGGCAAUAAAACUUUUAAACCUACAUUCCACUGAUUUAUGAUUUUUGAACCCGCACACUGUACACUUGACACCACCUUAAGGUUUCUCUUCGAUGACCUAGAACACCGCGCUCGCAGGUUUCGGGGGCGCGCUGCUCGAGGCGGCGCGCGCGCAGCACGCGCUCUCCGCCAGCUUCACCGCCUUCGCCAACAUCAACUCCUUGAUGUCCUGUGCUAAUAGCUUAUCGCGCUCGGGACCGCUCGCCAUACCCAUUACGAAGUGGUCUAGCAACGAUUCCUCUAGGUCGCUAAAACUGCAAUACGCCGCCAAUCCUCUUAAUCUCGCCGCCCACUGUGCGUGACCCUUGUCUGUCUUCUAGACUGCCGCAUAAAAGGAACGUUCUGCGAAGCUGCAACGUUUCGGUAUGAAAUGCUUAUCCAGCGUCUCCAAAAUAGUAGCGUAGUCUAUAUUUUCUAAAUUCCUUGGAAGUGCCAAAUCACUAGCGAGCUUAUACGUCGACUCACAUAACGUUGUUAGUAAUAUCGCUUACUGCUUGAUGCCUGCUUUCUCAUCUUCCACAAUGCUAUUUGCUAUGAACCAUUGGUUUCAACGAUGUUUAAAUGACACCCAAUCCUGGGAAUUGUAGUCGAAAGUCGAUAAAACUCCGAAGUACGUGGCCGCCAUUUUGUCGUGCGCAGGUAAGUACUCUCGUCGCCACUGUUAAGUAUGAGCGUGCGAAUCAAUAGACAGUUUAUUGCGUACUGGUUUAUUACAAUUGACGUUGCGGGACGCAGCCCUCAAAAACCUGUAUAUGUAACAUUAUAACGUAAUCUGCGAUUUCUAAAAAAUCAUCAUCAUCAUCAUCAACAGCCCAUCUUAGUCCACUGCUGGACAUAGGCCUCUCCAAAUGCACGCCACUCAGAUCGAUCUUGGGCUACUCGUAUCCAGCUCCUGCCAGCCACCUUGCGCAAAUCGUCACUCUAUCGCGCCUGAGGACAUCCUACACUACGUUUGCCUAGACGCGGUCUCCACUCCAGAACUCGUCUACCCCAACGGUAAUCGGUUCUUUGACAAAUAUGGCCAGCCCACUGCCACUUCAACUUGCUAAUCCGGUGGGCUAUGUCGAUAACUCUGGUUUUCUGUCGGAUUACCUCAUUUCUGAUGCGAUCCUUCAGAGAUCGACGAUGUCAGGACUUGACGUAACUUCCCAAACGCUGCCCAACCUAGCUGAAUUCUUCUAUUCACCUCGUCCUCAAAGUUGUUUCUACCUAACUACAAUGUCUGCCCGAGGUACACAUAUUUUUGAACAACUUCGAGAACGGCACCGUGUAUUGCAAUCGGUUCCGGUAGAACAUCUUCAUUGAACAUGACCUUGGUUUUAUCCAAGUUCAACCGUAGGCCGAUGCGUAUAGAAGACUCAGCCAGGUCAUUCAGCAUCUGUUGUAGGUCCUGCAGGGUUUCUAAAAAAUACCUGGCUGUUUACAGACAAUUAAUGGUAAAUGUUCUUUAAUAUAAAAAAAAACACGGCAUUAUUUAAUUUGUUGCAAAACAAUGAAUAAUGAUAGACGCAGUUAGUUUUGCCUUAACUUAAAUAAUGAGGGUAAUUAGAAAAUGAAUAGUGAUUAUAAAAAAUUAGUUAUUAAUAGUGUAACGGUCUGGUUCUGGAUGACUAGUAGUCGCGUCAACAGGCGGCCAAUAUUAGUGUUAGGUGAAUCGGCCAGUGUUUCACAUCUGCCAGGCGUCCCGUGACGGCUUAAAUUUAAUUCUCUGUAUGAGUAUUGUUAUUUAUAUAUUAAAAUUUAUAUCAUGUGCAUUAGACUUUAGAAUUGGACUUAAAGAAGAUAGUGGGAUCCUAAUAACAUAUCCAACUGCAGUUUGUAUUUUGGCCUGUGAAGUAAUGUCGGACUGUAUAAGUGACUGUGUUGAAAUAUCCAAAAAUAAAAAUGAAGGAAAUGUGGAGCUGAACAUCAAUAAGUGCAUUAAGAGAAUAACACAAAUAGAAGGCUUUCAAGAUUAUAAAGUAGAGGUUCAAGACGUUACAACUAAUGGUGGUAAUUACAUGGCAAUCCUUCAAACGAUAAAUAUCAAAGGAAAAACUGAAACAGCUUAUAAAGAGAUUAAACUUUUUGUAAAAAAUAAAGUUCAGUCUUUACAAGACAGUAUAAUGCUAUUGGACGAAUUUUACAAACGAGAAGUUUUCUACUACAAUGAACUAUCAACGAUAUAUGAUGAACUACAAGACGAAGCGAAUAUACCAAUUAACGAAAGAUUGAGAAGGGUGAAAAGCUAUAAUGAGUCAAAUUUGGAAGCGAUCAUCCUCGAGAAUAUGAGUGAAAAAGGCUUCACAACUCGAAACAGGCUCGAACCGAUAUCUCUUCAAUUUGCUGAAAUGUCCGUAAAACAACUUGCAAAAUUUCAUGCUUUAUCUUUUGUCUUCAAAUGUAAGAAACCAGAAAGUAUGAAAGUUAAACCAUUAAAUUAUUAUCCAGUAAAAGUUACUACGGAAUGGGAAGAUUAUUUAGUCAAUGCAUGUACUGCUGCAGCUAACUGUUUAGAUAGUGAUUUAAAAGUAAGAUUAGAAAAUUUUAAGGAAAAAAUAGUGCAAGUAUAUAAAAACUAUGUUGGGUUUCCGGCUGACAAAUCAACUUGCUUGUGUCAUGGUGAUUUUAGAGCUAACAAUAUAUUGGUGAAAGAAGAGGAUGGUGAUAUAAAAGAUCUGAUUGUUGUAGACUACCAAACGAUACAUUACGGGAGUCCAGUGACAGAUUUUAUUUACUUCAUUUUCACUGGUACAGAUCAGAAAUUCAGAGGAGCCCACUUGGACGACAUGAAGGAGUUAUAUUACGAAACACUGGAGAAGUUUAUGGGCGAGUUUGGGGUAAAAGUCCACGAAGUCUAUCCCAAGAAGCGAUUUGAAAAGGAAUACCGGGACUAUUUGGACAUAGGACUUACAAUGUUCUUAGUUUUAGCACCGUUAAUGCUGUGCUCCGCUGAUGACGUACCCGAUCUGCAUAAUGAUUCUGUUUCUAAAAUCAAUUUCAGUUUUGACAACGCCGAAUGUAAUGAGCGACUGCGCGGCAUAGUUGAGAAUUUCACUCAAUGGGGAUAUUUGUAAAAGUUACUUACCAGAAAAUAGACUGUUCGAACUUUUUUAGGUGUUAGAUAAUUAAAGAGAACUUGGGAUGCUUUAACAAUAUCUUUUUCGUCUUUAACUGUUGUUGACUUUACAUUCUUAUAUAAAAUAAAAGUAUUAUUAUUACAAGUCCAGAAUAAUUGUUUUUACCGUUUAGUUAGAGAUUUCCUAUUGUAUAUAGUGUUUAGAACCUUAAAUUGUCAUUUUAAUGAGGUAUCAUCUUAUUAAAUGUAGCUGGCGCCAGAUGCUAAAUUGGUGGAUCCAGCAUUUUUAUACCUUCUUUAAUUUCGCAAACCAAUUUUACAAAAUGCAACCUAUUCGAGAUAACUAUGGCCCGUAUUACAGAAUGACCACUAAGUGUUGAUAUUUACUUGAGUACAGUUAGAAAGGGAUGGCGCUAUGUGGUAUAUAUAGCGACAUCACUUUCUAACUAUGUUCAAAACAUCUAGUCUUGUCUUUAAAUACUGAGAAUCUUUCUGUAAUAUGGGCCUAUGAGGUGAACUCAGUAUCACUAAAUUAUAAGCAAAUAUGGUGUACUCGGAAAAAAUAUCGAAAAUUAUGUUUUUAUUAGUAUGCAUAGAAAGUUGGAUAUUUUUUAUAUAUUUUAUGUUGCUUCACCUGUGGAGUGUAAAUAUUGUAACAUAUAGGUUUUACCGCUGAUAAAACCACAGAUUGUUAUUCAACAGCAAGUAUAGAAAUAUAAUAGAACUGAAAAAUAUUUAUUUGGUAAGCAGGAAGAUACUUAUACUUACAUAUUAAAACUAUUACAAACAAUAAAAAUAAUUUCA